AGUAUUUGAAAAUCCAAAAUGGCGGCGUUUGGUGUCUGGGAAGUAAAGUUUCCUUCUUCCCGUGCUGUGUAUGACGAAGACGAUGAAGAAGACAACGACGAAUCUUCCGCGCUAGAAGAAUAUUCAAAGAAUCUAUCUUUUCUCAGGGCGGCUACAAAGAACUCUCAGAAGCCCAUUGUAAGCGAGUGCCCUUUGCUUAUUGUUGGUCUCGGAGAAGUAGCGACAACAUUUUUAGAAGCACAUUUCUUAUCCACGGGUAGUAAAAUAGUCGCUUGCAUUACCACCGAAGAGGAAAACGGCAUCGACUUUGAAAAGCUCUCUUCUACGUCGAAAUCACCCGAAUCUGUUUGUCUGUAUCAGUUAACCACAAGUGAUCAAGAUAAUUCAAUCAUUUGCCAGUGCACUACGCCUGUACCUGAAGAGAAAACAUUCCAUUGGACAGAAAAGGUAAGAGAAGCCCGAAACGAACAUUCACCAUCUGCCUGGGGAAGGAAGGGUGUGGUCAGUAUUGUACUAGGAUAAAUUUGGGGUGCACCUGUAGCCUUAUUAGCCUCCCACGCAGGCGUUUUUGGGGGAGCUCGUAUUUCUUCCCUCCCCACAAACGCCUGCUCAACUGAAGACAACAUUCCUUUCCCAAGCUUAGCCAAUCACAUUGUACUUUCCAAAUUCUGGAAAGUUGACCUUGACCGCAAGGUAAUCUGAUAAUUACUCGAUCUGCAUUAAACACUGGGAAAACUUUCUGACCUGCAAUAAAUGUUAGAUUCAGAGCGGCAAAAAUAAGAUUUAGUCAAAAUUCAGAAUACUCCGUGCACUGCAUAACCUUAUCGAAGGACAGAAAAGAGGGAAAACGGUAACUCUAGGGUCACAUUCAGUCGUGUUUAGCCUGUCAACACUUUAUUGCACAAUUGUUGAUUGGUCACUUACCACGCAAAUAAAACAAUGAGAAAGGAAUGUUGUUUUCCGUUGAGCAGGCGUUUGUGGGGAGGGAAGAAAUACAAGCUCCCCUAAAAACGCCUGCGUGGGAGGCUAUAGCCUUAUGGGCCGGAAGGGGGCAAGGGGGUUGGGGGUUGGGAACUACAAGGCUGUGCUGAUAAGGCAUAAUUCAAAACUUUAUAAAAUGAUCCCUUGAAAAAUCCCAUGGUGAAUUUAAGAGUGGAAACAAUGUAAUGCAGACCCCUCAACCCCAAAAGACCAAAAAACCUGGAGAUUUGGGGAAAAACCUGGAGAUUUUUAUCGACGACAUCAAAAAGAACUAAAUCAGGCAUAGGGAACACAUAAAAAUGAAAAUGGAUCUCUGAGAAUACGAUUAACAGGAUAUGAACCUUUUCAUUCUGUUUUGAACUUUGUCUUGAAUAUUCAUCCUUUUGAGCCAUUUUGACAAAUGUGGGCGAAAUGUACCUAAAUGUGACAAACUGGUAAUAACAACCUUAUUUGGCAUUUGUCUUCUAAAUAUGGUUUUGAGGUCCAUACCUUGUCAACAAGAUGAUCAAAUAUGACAAAUAUCCCUCAGAACUGUGGAUUUCUACAAAACUGACGCCUGCAAAUCAAUUUUACAGGCAAAAGUGAACAUAUUCAAAAAGUGUAUUCCAUCAGCUAGUGAAUCUGUUUACCGUGAGAUUUUUGUGCCUCAUCAUGAGACCGUGAGAUUGUCCUCAAAACCGUGAGACUUGAGAGGUCUGGUAAUGACUGGCAGCCAGUCGGGGAAUAUUAAAAUUUAAAACAACAGACAUUCAUUUACUUUUUUAUCUGUUCAAUAAAUAAAGAAUUAUGGAGCAUCUGACCGGUGUGCGGAAGGUCAUAGGUUCAAUUCCUGUUAGGGACUCAGAUUUUUUCUUUGUCCUAUGCUUGUGACAUGAUGAUCACAUCUUUUCUUAUAAUUUUACUUAUUAAUCUAAUAAUGGCUCAGUCAAUUCCAAGCAUGCCCAUCCCCUCCCAGGACAUUUUGUCAUUUUGUUUUGGAAAAGCUGCAAAUGCCCUGCGGUGGGGCCAGAUGUUCAUACAAAACCCCUCGGUGGGACUUAAAAAUAGGGUGCAAAUGCCCCACCCCAGGGCCCGGUUCCUUAAAAGCUGAUUAAGUUUAACCCAGGAUUAAGCCAAAUUUUAAGCAAGGUUUUCUUGUCUAAAAACAUGACCCAAGCUUUCAAAAAUACUGUUGAGUUUUCACUCUGAGAUACAGUAAUGAUAAAACAAAUUGUUACUCUAAGCAAUGCAUAGGAAGGUAAAUACAAAAAGUGCAACAAAAUUUUAAUCCUGGAUUAGCGCUAAUCGGCCUUUCAGGAACCGGGCCCAGGACAACACCAAAAUUGCAUUUUCCAUUAAAUAAGUUGCAAAUACCAUAUUUUUGGGAAGUUUGCAAUAAUCUGAUCAAACUCGCACGUGAAGCACCCUACUCAAAUAUUAUUGCUCCUAGCUGCCAGUUAUAAUCAUUGCAAAAAAGAUCACAUUGAUCUGAUUAAUCUCAAUGACAAAACUAUAAAUUAGAAUUUAAAUAAUACCUUUCUUAUUUUGAAGAUUUUUAAUAUAGUGAAUGAUUAACAAACAACCGACGCACUUUACAUGAGUAUUUUCUUGUCAUGAUAGAACCGCUGAUUUGUCACAUUCAUUGUACCAUACAUGAAGUUUGUAGAGAGAUGUGGACAUAUUUAACGACUAAAUUUUUUUUUGUUAGACUAGACCAGAGUCUAGUUCACUAGUCUAGCACUAGUUUGGUGCCUUUUGGAAUGGUUCUUCCCCUUUGCUUGCUCUAAGGAAAUGGCUUUUUUGGCAAGAAUUCACGUGCUUAAUUUACAUCAAAUAUAUCCAUUUUACAGUUAAUUCAAAACCUCAAGCCUUCCCGUGUUGUGAUCCUAACAUCAGCUCCAGUCUGUGAAUACCACACCAGAGAUCCUGGGAAUAUUACAUCUGAUUUUGUUAAGGUUUUAAAAACAAAAGUUUGGCAAGAACAGUUUUCACAGAAGGAAUGUUCUUAUCUGGAAACACCAAACAUUAUCAAGGGACAGGCAGCAUCAGGUCAGAUAUUCUUUUUUAAUUGUGGGAAAGUCUUUGCAGGAACCCCAGGGGGUGGUACUAAAGGAAUUUUGGGGUGUGGAUGUGUGGCUGCGACCCCAGAACCCUCAGCCUGUACCUGACCUAGCUCAGCUCAACUUUGCUAUUUAUCCUAUACUAGACCAAACUUCCGAAGUCCCCAGUACCUAUCCUUGAGCCACUAUUCUCUAAAACUACCGAUGCCAACGCUUUCUUUGGUAUUAAACUGAGUUGUGGUUAAUUUCUAAUUAGCUGAUUUCAUUUUUUUUAGUGUCAUUUCCCGGUUUCCCUAGUCUAGAUUAAAAUCUUCUAUCAGUUGAUCAUUUUCCUGGAAAAUGAUACCCUAUUCUAGACCCAAACUCUGUUUUCUAUAACCUAUCGCAGACUUGACUGCUUGAAAACCAUACCCUUCACAUACCUAUAUAGCCCACAUAUGGCAAGAGCUUAGUUGGUCCUUUGAAUUGUGAAAUGAAUAAGAUGUCACAAGCAGAAUUUUGUGGUCUGUUUUUGCCAUUCCUGUCUUGGUGGUGCAAAGAUUCUUGUUGUAGGAUUAAUGUAAAUUCUAGUAGCUACCAGUAUUGUUGUACCAUUAUAAAGAAGUCAACUCAAUGUUACAAAGUGACCCUUCAAGAGAAAAAAAACAUUGGUGCAACGUUUAUCAGAUUUUAUCUUGGUUUUAUGGAAAUAGUAAUAUGUUUGUGAUAAGAGCAAUCACCUUGUCGUGCAACUAUAUGAUUUUGUCAAGAAUUAUUUGGUCAAAUUUUCAGUUUGAAGUUAAGAGCUCACUGAAAUGAUGUGUCUUUAUACCACACUGAGAACACUAAACAUUUUGUUCUAGUUUUGCAGUACUGUCAGAUUCACAGUGUGGCAGCAGCUCUGUUUGUUUGUUAUACCGAGUCUUCACAUCUAGAUUCAAGGUCUGUGGAAGCUUUUAAGUUUCUUCUCAAGAUGUCUCCUCUGAAUUCUUUCCCUCAGGUAAAAUAGAAAUUUAUAUGAAAUUGUUUUAAUUCAGAGCUAGCCUGUUCCAGGCUCCGAGAUAGUCGUUCAGUAAAAAGAAAUGCGAAAAAUGCACGGGGGCUGGGGAGAGACCGCCACCGCCACCGCCCCCUUUCCCAAGUCGCGUGUCUUACUUUCGCUUUGCUCGUUUUAAUAUGUCCGCACUAUACUAUCCGAGAGCCUGGCACAGGCUAAUUCAGAGCACAAAGGUUAACUCCACUUAUUAGUUAGCUAGUUGUAGUGGAUGAAUCUUGGUUGGAAUCCUGGCUGAGUUAAACUUAAAAGUUUUAAUUCAGCCUGGCCAAACCAAGCACCAUACUCUAGUCUAGAUGGUGUAACCUUUUCACCAUACAGUAGCUGUUUUAAGAGGCUAUAACUUGGGUUGCCAUGUUAUUUGGCUUGAUAGACCAGUUUCAUCCAUAAGUAGAAUCUGUUCAUUUGACAUUUGCUGUUAGCCUAAAUUUCAGACGUCCCUUUGAGUGGCAUACUGCCGAAAGUAGGAUGCGACUCGAAAGUUUGCCAUAGAUGUGAUGAUAAACGACCUUGAGUGUUGCAGGGUUAUAAGCCACUGGCAUUCAAGAAUGCAAAUUUUUAGUGUUCUAAAAGUCCUGGUAACACAGUUUCUAGUCAUUGGUACAACCUUAAGGUAAUAGAGACAUUGGAGUGGCGCACGGCAAUCCAGUCAAAUCAAAGUUACAGGGCUCUUGAGUAGUUAGGUGGGAUACCACAAACUAUCGACCAAUAAAUAUCUAGAAAGUUUUUGAUGACAUUGGGUCAUAGGGAACUUACUGGCCCUUUGAUUAGUCAGUGUUGGAAGUAUCUCUUUUAUUUUCCUACUUCCUCCUAAAUGAAGCUUUCUCUAGAGAUGACCAGCAGAAGGAGAAAAAUGACAAUAAACUUAAGCCUUAACAACAGCUUUCAUAUUUGGAUGUUUUCUAUUAUAGAUGACUUAGUCUGAUCUUAGAAUAUUUUUUUCUGUUUGCAGGCCUCCUGUGAAGAAGUGAGGAAAGUUCUUAAGUCAUUACGUUCUGGGAAAUUAAUAGAAUUGAACAUGUACAUGUAGAUCAGUUGUAAUCACCGCUGGUAGUACUUUACAACAAGAUAACACCAAGCAGUGAACGUUUACCAUUUCAACCUCAUGUCGACAUACAGAUUCUCAAUAUAGUUUUGUUUUUUGACAGGUGGUUUCGGUUAAGAAAACUUCGACUAAAAGAAGUUCACUCCGCUGAUUUAUCACAGGGUUUGCGUUUAAAAAUGAAACCCCCGGGGGGGGGGGACUUUAGGAAUUUCUGGAUGGGGAUGUGCCGCUGGGACCCUGGAACCCUUAACCUAUACCAGAGCUAGUUCAGCUAAAUUUUGCUACCCUAUACUAGAGUAAACUCUCUAAAUCUUCCCUAUCCUAGAGUAGCUGUUUCCCUAGUCUAGAUAAAAUUUUCAACCAACUGAUCACUCCGCCAGUUUUCUGAAAAAUGAUACCCUAUUCUAGACCCAAAUGUUGUGAUUUAUAUACCCUAUCCUAGAGUAAACUGCUUGAAAACCAUACCCUUCACAGCGGCACAUACUUAUAUAGCCUAUAUAUGGCAUCACCCCUCCCCCACCCCGGGGUUGAAAACCCAUCAACACCGUAACUGAACAUGUACACUCGCUUAUAAAAGGGAAUUUUAAAAGAUGCCACGACGGCGACGGCAACGAGACUGUCAAAAAGGUUGAAUAGGUAAAACAACAACUUUGCACGUGCAUCACUCUAUCUUGUACAUUUCUUUGCCGUCACUGCAAGACUACGUCGUAAAAAUCCUAAUUUCACGUUUUGUAGAGGACGUAAACAAGCGAUGACAAAAUUUUCUUUUUCUUUCUGAACUUGGAUAUGGUUGUUAGGAAUUCAGCUCUAGAAGAGUUCGUUUGCAUUUGACAAAGUAAGCGAGUUGAAAUAAUCACGAUAGAGUUUAAAAACACUCGCAUUCGCUUUUCAAGCGACGUUUUCGUGGCCGUCAGCGUCGUCGUAUCUUGUCUGUAAAGAACACAGUUGAGUAGCGAGUGGAAGCAAGCAAACAACAGCAUUGGGACCAACGCCCAUAACAACAACUUGUCUUCUUUGACUGGGUUAGUACCAACCGUAGGAAUAGCCGAAUAGGACCGGAGACAGACUGGAGCAGGAGUUCAUUUAUAAGCCCAUGUGACGGCGGUUUCAUUCAAAGCACUGUUAAGACAUGCUUCAGACUAGGAUUGAAUCCGUUCGCCAAAGGCUUCGUUCACAGACUGGGUAUCUGGCGGAAUUGUUUUUGCGUGCGCGUGAGAGCUGAAGGCGCGCGAAAAUUGUAAAGCGUCUCCUCGCUAUUCUGUACGCGGCUUAGCCUGCAUGACAGGCGCUUUAUGGGCCAAGCGAGGCAAACGGUAAUAAGGUGCUAAAUGAAUAAUAAUAAUAAUCACAGAUUAUAAAAUAAAGCGCGG